UGAAAAUCCAGUACAUUACACUAAAAGCGAGUGAACCACCGGAGGAGAAAAGCAUAUUUUAAUGGCGACAACAUUAACUUCAAAUUCAAUCUCAAUCUUAGCCUCCCUAAGCCCUAGUAUUUUCUCCUCCCUCUCCCUCCCUCCUCUCCGCUCUCAGAUCCACCGAAGACCCCUCUCCAUCGUCGCCGGAGCUCGCCCGAAACCGCCUCCUCCGCCGCCGGAAACCGCCGCCAUGUCCCUCAGCGUUCAGAUGCCUGCUUCGUCCCACCGCCGCGACAGAGAUGACCAACCCCUUUUGGAUUCUCGAGAUCGUGCAGGAGAAGGGAAUUUGCUGACAACCGAUAAGGAAGAAGAUAUUUGCUCUUCUAGUAAAACUGCUCCGCGCAAGAAUAGAUCUCGUAUGAUCCCUAUUACCUGCUUUGGUGUGGACCUAACUCCAGAUAACAUUGCAGUUGCUAUGGUAUAUUUUGUCCAGGGUGUCUUAGGCCUUUCUAGGCUUGCUGUCAGUUUUUACUUGAAAGACGAUCUACAUCUAGAUCCUGCAGAGACAGCUGUGAUAUCCGGCUUCUCAGCAUUACCAUGGCUUAUCAAGCCUCUCUAUGGAUUUAUUAGCGAUUCUGUCCCCCUUUUUGGGUACCGAAGGAGGUCAUACUUGGUUCUAUCAGGGCUUCUUGGAGCACUUUCAUGGAGUUUGAUGGCCACCUUCGUUGACAGCAAGUAUAGUGCUGCUUUUUGCAUACUUCUUGGAUCUCUUUCUGUUGCCUUCUCAGAUGUUGUUGUAGAUUCGAUGGUUGUAGAGAGGGCUCGUGGUGAGUCACAAAGCAUGUCAGGAUCUCUUCAAUCAUUAUGUUGGGGUUCCUCGGCUUUUGGAGGAAUUGUGAGUGCCUACUUUAGUGGUUCCCUGGUUGAGGCUUAUGGUGUAAGGUUUGUUUUCGGUGUCACAGCAUUGCUUCCACUAAUAACGUCUGCCGUUGCUGUGCUUGUUCAAGAGAAGCCCGUGUUUGGCUUGGCAAGGGGAUCGAAUCUUUCUUUGGCUGGCCCCAGCUUCUUUGAAAGCUCUAAACAUAAUAUUAUUCAAUUAUGGGAAGCUGUCAGGCAGCCAAAUGUAUUUCUUCCGACUUUAUUUAUUUUCCUGUGGCAAUCAACGCCACAGUCGGAUUCUGCGAUGUUUUUCUUCACAACAAACAAACUUGGUUUCACACCAGAAUUUCUUGGCCGUGUUAAGCUUGUGACAUCAGUUGCAUCCCUUCUUGGUGUUGGGCUUUAUAAUGGUUUUCUGAAAAAGGUUCCCCUGCGGAAAAUUUUUGUUGCAACAACUGUUUUUGGUGCAGCUCUUGGAAUGACUCAGGUUUUCCUUGUCACAGGACUAAAUCGGAAGUUUGGCAUAAGUGAUGAGUGGUUUGCAAUUGGAGAUAAUUUGAUUAUAACAGUCCUUGGUCAGGCUUCUUUUAUGCCUGUUCUAGUUUUAGCAGCUAGAUUAUGUCCUUCGGGAAUGGAAGCAACACUUUUCGCAACUCUAAUGUCCAUAUCGAAUGGAGGGAGUGUCCUCGGGGGGCUGAUUGGUGCCGGCCUUACCCAACUCUUUGGUGUCACUAAGGACAAGUUUGACAACUUGGUCUUUUUGAUAAUUCUCUGUAAUCUCAGCUCCUUGUUACCUUUACCGCUACUCGGCCUCCUUCCUCAAGACGACCCUGAUGGCAAUUUAAAGGGGAGUGGAGAAGACAUCGAGAUGAAAUCUAAUUGAAUUUUGGUUCCUAACCUCUAGAGAAAGCAACGUUACCUAAAUUGCAAAUUAGUAGUCCUUUUGAUACUUGGAAUACGUGUUCAUCUUUCUUGGUUGUUUGGGUAGAAAUAACAAUAUCGAGAGGGAGAGAGCGAGAGCCAGAGAGAGAGAAAGAGUUGGAGGGGUCUUGUGAAUAUCACACUAUGUUAGAUUUACAGAGAGCAAUCUGUUUUGUAUUUCAUUAUAGCAUUUAGGAGAAAAAAGUUUUACAACAUUUCUCUUAUUUGUUGUAUUUUACAAGAAUUCUGCAGAAAUAUGUUGAAGUCGAAGAGCUUCUAGGAACACAGGAUUCGCUGUCCUUGUUCUUUCAUAUUCUCCGUUCCAAA